AUUUUUUCUGCAGCAGAUGCUCCCCAAUAAUUUGACUUUGUCGUCGAAAGCCCUUGGGGGGAUCCCUGAACCCAAGUGCAUGCUCGACCAUGCUCGCCCAGCGAAGUUCAUGACAUAGUCCUAAUGGCCUGCUAGAACUUGAACUUGAAGUUGAAGAAGACGCCAUCUUUGCUCAAUGUGCGCCACUAUUAAACCUUGGAGGUCGCGUUAUCCUGGCGACCCUUACGAUUGUGCAGCAAUUGUGCUGGAGCAAUGACAAGUUACAGCUGACCAGCAUGACUCGGCCUGAUGCUAUACCUCAUAACUUACGAAGGUUGUGAGCAAUGAACUGUGAAGUGUUUGACCUCAAGGAUCUCGAUGUCGAGCACUAUCAAGUUAGGGAAGUGUUAAGAUGCAUCCUCCACACCAUCAUGUUCAACCGAGCGCUCGGCCUCGUGCGCCCCCGCGACGUCGACUCCGAGCUCUUCGACAUCACGUACGUCCAGUGCGGUGACGCGAGCAUCGAGAAGCGCAUCGAGGAGCGGAUAGACCAGUUUUGCGGUUGGGUAGAGAAGCAUCCCACCAGAAAGGGCCAGAUCUGCCUGUCAUUCUACAACGAGAAGAAGUCGAAGCAGAUCUGGUUCAGCCGGCAGGUGGAGCGCCAGUAUUGGGAGCAGUGGAACGUGAACCUGAACGUGGCAAAGCCGGGGCAAGAGGACGCACCGGCGCCGCAGAAGCAGGAGUUUUCGGCGUUCACGGACUCAGCAGAAGCGGUGCUCGAGGACCGUAACCGACGGCAGGCCGCGCUCGAGGGAUCCCUCCGGGAGGUCCUGCUGCAAGUGCUGCAAAUCGUGAACGAGAAGAAGGAGCACAUACCGCCCGUGAUCCACUCGGACGUCGCGUCGUUCCCGUAUGAAAUCACCAUUCCCAAUUCUUCGGAGUCGAUGUUUGGGAUGGACAUGGUGAAGAGGAUGCUCCAGACACCGCCCCCUUCGAUGCUCAACUGAACGAACAUAGUGCAUCGCGCGACGACUUCUCAAUCGUUGGUUGGGACGUUAGAAGGGCUACCGUGAACGUGAAGGGAUGUUCCGGGGUUGAAUACAGGUAGCGCAAGUUGGGAAACUUACAUGGAAGUUUGAGGCUACGAAUCCAUAGUAGCACUUUGUAGGUCUGAUCUGAGGUCGUCGGAUUGGAGUAGCAAUUUGUACAGGUCAAGCAGCAUCGUAUAUGUACAGGCUCUAGGAUAAAUACUCUGCUUUUGGCAGUAUCGGAGACAAAGGUGAAGGCUUCAAAGUGGGCGGCCACGUAAAAUGUUAAGUCGAAUCGGAUGAGUAAGAUUGCACGGGAAGACGUGCGCGGUUUGCAUUGCAUGCCCUGGCCAUCAUGAUCUGCACAUGCAUGCCA